AUGAGUCUGCACCGCUCACUGUGUUCCCUACGCGCCACGCAUAUGGUCGGAAGUGGUGCGUGUCACUUUCCUAUGGCGCGACGUGUCUCGAUUUGGGUGCUAGCAUACGUUCAAUCACGCAAGCUUCACCGUGCACUCACCAAUCCGAAAACUUGGUAUGAGGAAUUAAAACACAUAGGAUCGGGGAACUUCGGUGUAGCAAAACUUGUAAAGGAUAAACAAUCUGGCGAGCUUUAUGCCGUCAAGUAUAUUGAGAGAGGCCCUAAGAUUGAUGAGCAUGUCGAAAGGGAGAUUUUGAACCACAGGUCACUUACGCAUCCACAUAUUAUCAGAUUCAAGGAGGUGUUACUAACGGAAACUCAUCUGGCCAUAGUCAUGGAGUAUGCAGCUGGAGGAGAGUUGUUCGACAGAAUUACUACUGCUGGUAGAUUCAGUGAGGACGAGGCAAGGUUUUUCUUCCAACAACUAAUAUCAGGCGUGAGUUACUGCCAUUCAAUGCAAAUUUGCCAUAGAGAUCUCAAACUAGAAAAUGCACUUUUGGAUGGGAGCUCAACACCACGUCUUAAAAUUUGCGACUUCGGAUACUCUAAGUCCUCAGUGUUUCACUCGCAGCCCAAAUCUACGGUUGGGACACCUGCAUAUAUUGCACCCGAAGUCUUGUCAAGAAAAGAAUAUGAUGGCAAGAUGGCAGAUGUUUGGUCUUGUGGGGUUACAUUGUAUGUGAUGCUUGUUGGUGCUUAUCCAUUCGAAGAUGAAGAUGAUCCGAAAAAUUUCCGAAAAACACUCACCCGUAUACUUAGUGUCCAAUAUUCAAUCCCAGACUACGUUCGAGUUUCUGAGGACUGUAAGCAUCUUCUAUCUCGAAUAUUUGUAGGGAGCCCCGAUAAGAGAAUAACUAUACCAGAGAUUCAGAAGCAUCCAUGGUUCUUGAAGGAGCUGUCAGUUGAACUCAUUGAUGGAGAUGAAUCCAUCUUGGAUAUGGACAAGGAAACCCAUGUUUUGCAAAGUAUCAAAGAAGUAAAAGAAAUACUACAAGAAGCUAGAAGAUGUACAUUGGGGACUAAGGAUAAAGAGAGGAAUAUGGAUCUUGAAGAUGAUAUCGAUACUGAUGCUGAGAUCGAUGAUGAUAUAGAGACAAGUGGGGAUUUUGUCUGUGCAUUAUAAGAGUUGGGUUCUUCGCGUCACUACAUGGAAGUAAAUGAUAUGAGAAGGAUAGUUAUCAUGAUUAAUUAGAAGCUUGUAGUGUUCAUAUAGCUUAUGGAAUUCAAGGACUUCUUUUCCUUGUGUCGUGCAAGAAUAAAGCCCUAGUACUUCACGAGGAUAUCAAUAAUGGAGAUUGCGCCACAUGAUCUCGAACCUAUCAUGAAAAAAAUCAGUCAUGUGGUAUAAGUUUGCUCCAAGUCAUAUGUUAUGAAAAAGAUAAAAUAAUACAUAAAUGAAGUGACACCUUAGUUUAGUGUGUUUGCGAGUUACUACUUGUUUAUUCGACCCAACGGUAUAGGAAGCAUCUUUCACUUUUUAAGUGACACCAUGACACCAUAGUUUUUCCCUCACGUUUUUUUCCUUCACAAAAACUUAGGAUGUCACACCCCCGAACCAUCAGAAAUAACAGCGGAAACGUCCGGGGGCGGGCGACGUCAUGCGUAAUAUCACAACAAUCGUAUCAUAGCAAUCAAAGUAAACACAACCAUUACAUUACAAUAAGAAUAUUUACAUUUGUUUGAAAACAUAGUUUGUGUACAUCAAAAGUAACAAAAGAUAAAGACGAGACUCCAAAAUGAUCCGUCUUCUCCAAAAGUAGUCUAUCGUUGUCCUGAGAAUAUAAGCGGUUUUGAAAACAUAUGAGCAUAAAGAUGGUGGGUUCAUAAGCAUGUUUUUGUAUGGAAAACUAGUCAUUGAAUUUGUACAAAUGGUUUCUUUUCAUUAUAAGU